AUGAACACUGGGCAUCAUAAAGGCAAAAAAAAAUCGAACCAUCACCGAAGGCGAUUCUGGACGCGACCAGGAAGGACAAGCGCAUGGUCGGACAAUUUUAUCAAUGGCACAAUGAUCGAAGAAGAAUGGAGAGAGAAUUUUAGAAUGUCUAAAACGUCAUUGCUGAAGCUAGCAGAAGAGUUGAGACCGUACAUUGAGGGAAAAGAGACCAUCAUACAUUCUCCUGUGGAUGUUGUGAAGCAAGUUGCCUUAACUCUAUAUUACUUAAGCGACGAAGCAUACUUUUUCUUGACUUUUUCAGUAGAUUUAGACAUUUUUUGGAGUGAUAAACUACAAGCUUCGACUGUUUACACCUCGCAAUAG